UUUGCGUCCGCUACUCACCAAAUGGUCGCGAAUUGAUCGAUUGCUGGACUGCACAGCGAGCAACAGGUUUGCGGGUAUAAACAGCCGUCACGCACUGUGGGCUUCAAUGGGCUCAAAAUGGGAUUUUUAAUCGUCACUGCCAGAAGUCUAAUAUGGAUGCUGCUCAGUCUGCUCUGCGCCCUGAUGAUGCUCAGCGCCCUUCUGAGCCCAGUCUGGAUCACCGCAGCCACUCAGAACGCCAUGGUUGACAACGAGACGGUGACGUACACGCCCAGCUUGGGCGUGUAUGCGAGAUGCGGCAGGCCAAUCGGGCGCAACCACCCCAUCUGCACCCUGAUGUCCGCCAAGGGGCUGGGCGCCGACUCUGAAGUGUAUCCAACUGUCUGGAAAGCCGCCACGGUUUUUCUCAUUAUGGGACUGUUUGUAAUGGGGAUGACAGUCUGCACCGGUCUGUUGAGCUGCUGCGUGCAGAGCGUGUUCAAAAAGAGCAUUUUCACAUUGUCAGGGGCUGCUCAGUGCGUUGCAGGUAUUUGCUUCAUUUUGGGCGUGAUGCUCCAUCCAAUGGCGUGGGGCGUGGAACGGGCGCACAAACUAUGCGGCAAAGAGUCUUCGCCAUUCUAUUUGGGCGAUUGCUCAAUCGGUACCGGCCUGUUUGUGGCAGUUGGAACGACAAUUUUGACGUUUGUCUGUGCCUGUCUGUCAGUCCCGGCGGAAACGUCCACCAGCAGCGACAAGGUUCAAGACAAAAUAUACGAGGGGCAGACGUUGAUCUGUCUUGCAUAGGUUUUUAAGGUAAAUAUUUCCUGUUAAUAUAUGGGGUGAUUCGAAAUGGGCGUCACUCCAUCCAGAUGUCACCCGAGUGUUCAAUGGA